AUGACUAUGACGACUCAAGCCGACCCAGCGUUUACGGCCCAGAGAUCGGCGCAUUAUCAUCCGGUCGCAAGGGCUGACGAUUCGGCCACUGGGAACGGAGAGAAACCUGAUAAUGCGGCCCAAAGCCACCAACUCUGGGCGCCCUUCUUCUUGAGGUCGCCAAUGAUGAGUGCAUUUUUGACUAUCUUCAUUUCCAUACUGCUUUCCCUUGUGGCUUUGUUUGUAUACUCAGAGCGUCAGCAUCGAAGCUUAGGAAUUGAAACGCCGGGUUCGAGAUACUACUACCUAUGGACGUAUGGACCAACCGCCGUUUUCACCAUUGUCACAGCCGGCUGGACGCAAGUGGAAUAUCGCGCUUUACAAUUGAUGCCUUGGGUCUUGAUGCAUCGCGGUCCUACUCCUGCAGCAGAGAGCAUAUUUCUCGACUACCUGUCCCAGUGGAAUGUCGUCUCGCUGUAUAAGUCCAUCCGAAGUCGUCACUUCCUAGUAUCUCUGUGUGUCGCCGGAUCACUGUUGCUGAACGCGGUAACCGUGCUCUCUACUGGUUUAUUCGAGCUUGACUCGACGCCCAUUACCCGGGAUAUCGAUCUUACUGCGACACAUGAAUUCGACGCUUCGAAUUGGGACCCCGUUUGGAAUGAUGCCCGGCCCCUCGGUGCAUGCAUGGGCUAUAUCGAAGACGAAUUGGCUCGACCAAUUGGCAUUCAUGACCCUUACGUCUACCCCCCGUUUCAGAGCGCCCACCAAAACACGAAUUCCACGAUGAGCGCAAAUAUCAAGUAUGAAGCCAACCUUGAUGUCUUUGAACCAACCCUCGAAUGUUCAAAUGCCACCGUCAAACUGGUGCCGUCUCAUGAUAACACAACCACUUUUGCCCAAUUGGACUCCUAUGUUGGCCAAGAUGGUUGCGCGGUAAUCAUCGAUCGAAUCCCCAAUGUCUUGACAACCACCCCUGGUAUUGUAGUUGAUACACUUAUUGCAGGAUGCAAAGGGGAAAUGCUCGAGGAUACGUACGGUGAUAAGCCGAAUGUGUCAUGGUCUGUUGACUGGCGCCUGUGGGCUGCAAUUGCGCCAUCAAUGUUAUCCGAAGAGGAUGACGCGGCAAAUAAUUUAAAUGUCACGGGAUGGGAGCAUAGAAAGAUUGAAGUUGUUAUGUGCAAGCCAGGGUAUGCUCUUUCCCGGGGACCUGUCAAGAUUUGGCGUGACGCUGGCCAAAAUGACAUCUCCACCUCUAUCCAGCCCGACGCCCUUACUCCGACGCACGGGAUAGCAAAUGUCACAGGUGGGAAGCUUCUAUAUGCGGCAGCUCAGGCUAUGGCAAUUGGAUCGAGUGAAUUUACCGAGGCGUACGUCAAUGGCGCGUCUGCAAUCUACGCUUCCAAUCAUACGCGUAAAGAGCUAUGGAAUAACCUCGAUGAAUUUGCGGUUGCAAUUGAAGAUUCUUUCACCUGCAUCAUGAGACAGAUUGCGAAAGAUUCACUCUUGGUGCAAAGUCCGCACAACAUUGAAGGCACGGAGCGAGUUGUUGAGCAACGCUUGUUCGUUCGGCCACUUUCAUUCUGGUUGAUGGCUGUCUGCAUGGCGUUUCUUGCCGCCGAUGCUGGUAUUCUGCUCUUCUUCUAUACGCCGGUUGCUGUUUGCCCUCGGGACACUGGCUCGGUUGCGGGCCUUUCUCUCGUAUUCGCACGAAGCACAGGGUUCAUGGACAAAUUCUAUAACUGUGAUCUCAAGACAGGAACACAGAUGGAACACUCGUCCUUGGGACAGGGACGGUAUCAGUCUCAAAUAACUAAUACUGGGGCAUUCACAUUAGUACCAUGCGGCGAUGCUAGCGAUCUGCAAGAUACUAGAACGGUGUCUGAAAGGACACAAGUGGUUUGGUGGAGGCCAGCGUCAUCAUCUUGGUACAUCCAGCUUCCUCUGAUUAUCAUCCCUGUCGCGGUGAUAGCGGGCCUCGAAACCGUAUAUCAUAUUUCGGAGAGCCAUCAUGGGAUUGCAAUGGUUGAAGGCGACUCACCCUAUACUCACUAUGUCUGGGUCUAUGUUCCCGCGAUAAUCUUAUUCGGCAUUCGUUGUUUCUUCCAGUCUGUUGAAUUUGGCGCGCGAAUGGUUCAACCCUACUUCCGUCUACGCCAAGCGUCAGCACCGCCCGAGACGAGCAUAUUGGAGAACCAACUACGGAAGAUCUCCCUCUAUGGACUUUGGGACUCAUUCCGCAAAGGGCAAUGGGCUCUGACUGCGGCUACACUCUCAUUGCUCCUGGGGGCUGUUUUGCCUAUAGUUGUUUCUGGUCUUUAUACAACGGGUCAAUCUGAGCCGGAUAGGCAUUGCCAGCUUGUGCAGGAUACAAGGUGGAGCCUUGGAGAUCCCACAUAUGACGGACUUGACGAGACAGCCUAUUGGAAUGAUAAAAACUUCAAGAAGGACGUCGUGACCGGCAUGAUCAUCCAUCUCAAUAUGUCGUAUCCGCAAUGGACAUAUAAGGAUCUGGCUUUUCCCUCUUUCAGCCUGGCUGAUGCACAGAACUUCCCUACAAAAGGUCAUAUCGAUGCCCGGUUGCCAGCCUUGCGCGGGCAACUUCACUGUGAAGAAGCAAAGGGGGUUAAUUGGACGUAUGGGGAAGAUACCCCAAAUACAUGGGAAGGUCACCAGACUACCAAGUGUCCAUCCUGGGUGAAUUCCAUCGAGUGCCCGGGCGAAGAGACCUAUGAUUUUUUCGGAACAAGAGAUUGGGUUGUUGGCUGUCCAACUCAUGCUAUGAUAUUUAGCAAAUGCGAUCCACAAAAUGCAUAUUACAACAACACCGCGAAUUUCCAUGUGAUGAACUGCUUUGCGGAAAUUGAAGAAGUAGACGUGGAUAUUCGUCUUCAGAUCCCGUCUUUCUCCUUUGACCCAGAUUAUGAACCAAAGGUAGUUGACAAUUCCUCGAGAAUCCUCAACAACACUGGACUUGCUUCGUUCAUUGGAUUCAAGGAUAUGGAGAAGUAUUUAUUCGACAUCAAGCCUUUGACCGGAAGCUAUCCAGAAAGCUCAGAUGGGAACCCAGUCAUGGAUGCGUUGAUUUAUGGAGUCGAUGGUGUCCCCGCAGACGAGCUUAUGGACCCAGCAAAGCUGGUUUCUCGCGUGAACGAGAUAUUUGGCGUUAUCACCGCACAGGCUUUGAGCAACGCUGGCAAUCAACCCUUCGAUAAGCCUUUUAAUUCGUCGUACACGGUAUCACCAAUGACCAGCACUCCACCGGUCUUUAAAGCUGUCUUCUAUGACGAGCGGAAAUACCUCAUUCAAAAUGAGAUCUCAACUCGUAUUCUAGAUGGAGUCAUUGCGGCCAUGGUGCUAUGUGCCGUUGUUUCCUUGGUCUUUAUGCAGACAAAACGCGUUUUGCCCAAGUGUCCAUCCAGCAUUGCCGCCAUCGCAAGUCUUGUACAUGGAUCCAAGAUGGUGGAUCCAAACCUCAUUCCCGAAGGCUCUGAAUGGUGCAAUGAUAACGAUUUGAAGAGCCGUGGUGUGUUUGCGGGUCAAACUUUCACGAUGGGCUGGUGGUCACGCGAAGGGCUCAGUGAUGGCGAGUAUGCCAAUCCUGGAGAUAGCUCCAGCACUCUUGGUAGUUUCACGAAAUCUGCCGGUCAGCGGGAAGAAAGCCACGGAAAGACAUUCGGGAUCGAUUUUGACCUGGACGAGGAGAAGUCUAAUCUGAUAAGGCCGUGA